AUGACACAGGUCAGGAAAGAUAACUCCGGACAUUCACUACCGGAAGUUGAUCUACUCGUGUCAAAAACAUUGGCAAAACUGUAUUGUUUUUCACUUUGUACUCAUUAUCUAGGACUUUUGUCUCCAUCAGACAGUGAGGACCAUCCUACUGACCAUCCUACUGACCAUACAGAUGAAAUCAAAGUUCUGUCUCUAAAAAGAAAAUUGCCUGCUGCUGCAUUCAAUUUUUCUCUGUCAGAGAAUGACUACAGUGAAGAAUUCAGCCCCAAUGACUCUGAAAGUACACAGCAAGUUUUGUCACCACUAAAAGGAGAGCUACCUGCUGCAGAAGCAUUUUCACCAUCAAUAUUAAAGAAAGACCAUUUCCGCCAAGGGGGUAACCUUAUAUGUGACUAUUUUUACAACACUUAUAUUCAACUUACAGUUAAAAUCUUGCCAUAUUUAGAAAGAGGAAGGCUGAUUUAACAUU